UACUAUAGGAGCCUGACCGGCAGUCAGUGCCUCCCAGGGCCCCGCGCCGUUAGUUUCGUUGGUGUUGUGUCGUGUAACGUGUCCUCUCUUUCUCUCUUUUUUCUCUCUUUCUUUCUCUCUCCUCCUCGACACCCUCUCCUUCUCUCCUUUCCACCCCCUAUCCUUCGGUUCCCGUUCCCGUUCUUUGUUUUUUUUGUUGUUGUUGUUUUUCGGCUACCACCACGAUCAACGCCGCUCCCGGCCGGACAGUGAUAAGGGAAUAAUUGUACACGCGCGCGCGACUUUCGACGGUCCUUUUGGUGACGGAUGGUGCGUGACCGGGUGUCCGAGAGACCAGGGUCACAGAUCCCGCCGAUCGAACCGUCUCGGACCCUGCCGCUGGAUCGGCUCGCCGAUCGAAGGGAUCGAUGCGAGCCGGCGAAACCGAGCACCAGCCGGCCGGAACAGAGGAUCGGGAAGCACCGAGGGCCGAAGAUCUGCGCAGGGACGUCGGAGGAACGUGCAGCAUCGAUUAGGGACCGCUGGCAACACGGUCCCAUCGAGUCCUCUCGAUAAGUCCCAAAGAGGUACCCACGGCGAUCAGCCAGAAACUUGGAUUAACGCGAGUGACAGUACUUGUCCGCGGAUUCGGCGACACCGUUUCUCACCCGGAAGCUCGGCGAAUACGUCGCCGAGCCGUUUUGGAGACAGUUUUGGGCCGCGCGUGUCCUUGCUGCUCGCGAAGGCGAAGUGCGCGGAGUUCGGCGGGCGAUUACUGCCGGAGGACGACGGCCGCCCGGAAGGCCGCAAAAUGGCGUGGGUUCCGGUGAACCGUCGCUCGGAGCGUGAAACUCGCUGAUACCCCGUGCUGAUUCCGGCGCGAACGCAUGCGUGCGGAUCCGAAAACCUGCGAUGUACGCGAGCAGAUCGAAAUUCACGCGGCCGCCAGCGAAUUCCGUGGAAUCGACGGGACUGCGGAGCCAUCGGCUCUAACCGAAUCGAAAAGCUUCGCGGAUGCAUACUGUCUCCGGGUGGGACCAUCGGUGAACUCGAACGGCGACCAGCAGUGAAGCGCGGAGAAGCUGGUCCGGCGAACAUUGGAGAGAAUUUGUCGCUAGAGGAAGACAAGGUGUACAUAAUCGUGCUCCGAAUCUGUGCUGCGAGGAUUCGUUACGGAUGACAAUCCGUCGAGGAACAGCCCAGACCACGUACGAACUGUGAUCUUCGCUCCGCUAUCGUGUUCUCUCCGAUUCCGGUUAUCAUACUCUUGUGAACUCUGUGAAGAAGGGCUCAAGGCGCCAACCUCGGGGUCACGAUUUUGUCAAGUUACGCAGAAAAAGUCAGUACGGCCGGCGGUCGUACUUGGCGCGAAGGCCUCAAGAUUGCUCGAAAAUCGUCGAAGGAGGUGCGAAGGGCUGGAAGAGCGAUGGAAAUCGGAGGCGCGGCGAUGCAGAGGAUGGGCACUGCCGGGGGGCCCGGGCCCCUCAGCCUUCAGGGCCCUCCAAGGUCAGUGAAAAUCUCACCCGUUAACAUACAGGACGAGCCCGGUGACCUCACUUCCAAAAAAAACACGAGUUCGCAUUGCGUGGGCUGCGGCGGGCGAAUUCACGACCAAUGGAUUCUGCGAGUUGCGCCGAACUUGGAAUGGCAUGCUGCUUGUUUGAAAUGCGCGGAGUGCCAGCAAUUUUUGGACGAGCACUGCACCUGCUUUGUACGGGACGGAAAAACCUACUGCAAACGAGAUUACGUCAGAUUGUUCGGGACGAAGUGCGACAAGUGCAGUGAGUGCUUUAGCAGAGACGACUACGUGAUGAGGGCAAAGAGCAAGAUUUAUCACAUAAAGUGCUUCCGAUGUUCGGCGUGCAUGAGACAGCUAGUACCUGGUGACGAAUUUGCUUUGAGGCAGGACGGUCUUUUCUGCAGACACGAUCACGACGUUCUCGAGGGUGGCAAGCUCUGCUCCGGGCCCGGCGGUGUUCCUGGCAGCGAGAAUAAUAAUAACGCAUCCCUUAUGAAUAAUAAUCACCAUCAGCAUCCCAACGACGGCUCGAUAUCAGAUUCUGGGUCCGAGAGCGGAUCGCACAAAGCGAGCGUGGGUGGUAACCGAGGAUCAGGCAGCCAUAAGAGCAGCGGCGGUUCCGAUGGAAAGCCGACCAGGGUCCGCACGGUUCUUAACGAGAAGCAGCUUCACACUUUGAGGACUUGUUACGCGGCAAAUCCGCGGCCGGACGCGCUGAUGAAGGAACAGCUGGUGGAAAUGACGGGCCUGAGUCCGCGAGUGAUCAGGGUAUGGUUCCAGAACAAGCGUUGCAAGGACAAGAAGAAGACGAUCGCGAUGAAGCAGCAAAUGCAGGAGAAGGACGGUCGUAAAUUAGGCUUCGGAGGAAUGCACGGCAUUCCUAUGGUGGCUAGUAGUCCCGUGAGACACGAGAGUUCCAUAGGAAUGACGCCACUCGAGGUGCAAGCUUAUCAACCACCGUGGAAAGCACUUUCGGAUUUCGCUCUCCACACUGAUUUAGACAGGCUAGAUCCCAACACACCAUCUUUCCACCAUUUGGUAUCACAGAUGCAUGGCUACGAUCUUCAUAGCGGGCCACCGCAGCUACCACCGCCAGGGAUGCUCGGCGGGCCUAUGAACGACGGCGGCGGCGGCGGCGGCGGCGGUCCUCUUCCACCACCCGGGCCCCAUCAUCCUGGCAGCGGCGGGCCCGACAUGGGACAGCACCCGGACAGCACCGACAGCUACGUAACCUACCUUGAAAGUGACAGUGACUCCCUUCACCACGAUACAGGAAGUCCAUAGUGUUGUGCAGUGUGGCCAGAACGAAAGUGUCCGCUUUCUUCGUGGUCUUCUUUUAAUAAGUGCUUGAAGAGAAUAGUAGUCUGCGAGAACAAAUAGGGUGGAAUGCACGAAUGGAGUCGAACGAUGAACGUUGUCCCAGUUGGAAUUCGUAGGCUUUUCUCGAGAGUAGCUUAACCCUUUCGCGCCCGUUGCCGUUUCGAACGAAUAAUCUCCUCGAUCGCUGGCCGAUUUUUCGACCGUUUCGAAAUACGAUAGCCGAGUCGUUUGAACGAAUCGCCACGAACAGCCGCAACAACAACAAAUUCCAUCGUGAACAACGAACGUCCGCGAAUGUUCGAACAUCUCGCUGCGACGGCAGCCGUUGCGGCGAACGCGAGCGCGAAGCGUCGCGAUCAAACGUCGGCGUUUCGCGAAGGAUUUCGUUAGAAUCAGCGCCCGCUCCGUCGAACUUGACGAUUUUCCUGGGAACGAAGCCCCGGGGCGAAUCACGCGCAUUACAUCGCGUCGUGUAUCAAUGUAAGAAGAAACUUCGAAUUGAAAUUCGAAUCCUCGAAUUAAUAUAUUUAUGACAGAGGCGCGUCUGUGGUCCCUUGGAACGGAACAAAGCACGCUUCGCCGUCUAUUAAAAUUGAAAUACUUCGCGCGUCCGUGUACCAGGCAAUUAUUUUUGGUACGAGAAUACGCACACGAGUAUAAAGCAAUUAUUUUUCUAUUUUAUUUGAAUUAUUAUGCUGCUGGCUACGAUACGAUUACAGGUUUCUUUUCGAUGCGAGAAACGCGCCACGCUGUUCCACGACAGCGAAACGUGUAUCCCGAACGUUUUUGAAGAACGCGGACACGUACAGUGACUCGCAUUAAUGUUCGGACACGAUAUUAUUAGAAAAAUUGUUAUAAACAAAUUUUAUAAACGAAUCAAAAUUCGUUGUAAGAACUCGGUGCCACAGAAAUUAUCGGCGAUGUCAGACGCUUUACUUGUGAAAAUCGGACGAAAAGGAAGAAAUAGGUCUUUUGAAAUCCGACACAGUUGGUUAUUUAUCGCAAGGAAAAGGGAAAAUCGUACAGAGAUACAAGCGAAUUAUUAAAUAUAAGCAAGAGUAGUGUGGCAGAUAUUACACGUCGACACAUUCGCGAGGAUUGAAUCGAUUUAAUCCCUCA